UUGCGGGUAGUGGUUGUGUUUUGCGUGUUUUCAAGCGAACGCUAUCUCGCUAUCCCUGUGAAGCUGUCCAAAGUUUUUCAAUGGGUGUUUCAAUGUGGGGUCCGCUCUCACGUGCGUUUUUGGGAAGAAAGAGAGCCUGAGCGAACGUGAGUGAGACUAAUGGAUAUGGUGCUUGGUUUGCUCUCACUCCUGGAUUGGCUCGCGAAAGUGGUGUUGGUAGUGGUGUAGGAGUUGUGUGUUGAUUACAAUUGUCGAUUGUCACACUCCAGUGACUCCAGUGAGGAAUACUGCAGCUCCGUGUUUCGAUCCAACGGGUCAUCAAACCACUGUUGCAUAGGGGGCGAUAUGCCGUUGUUUGGAAAAAGGAAGUAAAUAUUGACUCAAGUGUGGAUGCGUAAUGUCUAGCAGAAGGGCAUUAUCAUAACGCAAACAAAAGUUUUAUUCAUGUAACGAAGAUCUGUGGAGAGGAAAGUAAGAUUUAACUGAGACUGAUUUUUUAUUACUGAUGUGAGUGAAGAAUCGCGAGAAUUACCCCGUGGUGUCCGAAAGAGAGAAACAACGAGAGCGCGAGCAGCAGUGAACUGAGCAAUAGAUAGCUCUCUGGCGGGAGCGAAAGCAGCGCAAAAAAAGACCGAUUCGUGUGUGUCGUGUUGUGUGUCGCCCAGCCUGGGUUUUAAACGGAAGGAAUAUCGGUCGGUCCGAGCGGUUCGCGAUUGUUGAGUUUUUGUGUGAUGUUUUUAUUUGUUAAAACAGUGUUUAUUUGAUGUAUUGUCUAUUUGAGAAAAGUCUAUUCUCCGAUGGGGAGAAAGUAGUGUGAAUUUCAGUGAUUGUGAUGGAUAUAUCAUGUGAUUGGAGCCCCAAAGUGUCCCCUUUUCGGUGAUUCGUCUGUUUUUUUCUCCUCUACGCAUACACUGUAGAAUGCUUGAAUUCCCGUGGUUUGGAAAAGAAUUAUUGAUCUGAGCCGCCUGAGGAGAGCGAGGCGGAGAUUGUCGUGUGUUCGUGAAAAAAAAGAGUGCAGAGUUCGUGUCUUCUCGUCGAGCCACCGGGCGUUUUUGUGAUUAUCGAUUUCAGGCGCCCAGGCCAAAGGGGCCAUAUGGAUUAGAGAGGGGCACCUCGUUCACGUGGAUUUCGGGAAAAUAAAUGUUACUUCCACCGUAAUCCGCCCUCUACCGCUAGGAGAAGGUAGAGUCCAAGCAAUGACCGAUGAAAGUCCUCCCCGCCGUUUGUCCCAGAUCUUCGACCCGUUGAUGAGUUUGAGCGAUGUCGAGCAAAUUCAGCAGCAAAUCCAGCACCUACAGCAGCAACAAAAUCAUCACAAGUAUGGCCAGGGAGGACCCUCCAAUUCCUCCUCCUCAGCAACACUGCUCCAGUUGCAGCAGCAGCAGCAGCAGCAACAGCAUGCGUCGGGUGCUGGCGGCGGCGGAGGUGGUGGGUACAACUACAACACGGCUUCCUCGUCAACGUCACUAUCAUCGGCCUCGAAUCAAAGUGCAAAAAUGAGCUCUAGCAGCUCCACCAGCAGUUACAUCGGGGGGCCACCCCCCGGCCUAAGCCGGAUCGUGAUGGGAUCGAGAUCGACACCCAACAGCCCUCGGCUGAUGGCCCGCCGGGGUGCUGGUGGCUCCGGUGGGCCCGGCAGCAGCAGACCACCAAUGAUUCCUCCACGGGGACCGAACGCGUCGAUGAUUGCGAAUCCCUCGAUGCUAGCGCUCGAUUCGGAUGCUCCGUGGCCGGCAUUCUCCAGCCUUACCGACAAUUUGGACGUGCAUCAGGUGAACAACUACCACCAGGGUCUACCGGAGAUUAAUUGGCAGGAACGCUGUUUGGAACUGCAGCUUGAGUUACAUCGUUCGCGCAACCAGGCUGGACGGGUUCGGGACAUGCUGCGGGAAAAGCUUUCCGAGCUCGAGCAGAGGGUCAUCGAAGCCGAGGAACGGGCCGAAGAAGCCGAAGAUAAGGUCCGGGCCAUGGAGCAGCGACUGUGUGACUGGCCCAAGUCACAAAGCAUAACUGGGCCAGCCGGAAGCAGUAAUAGCGCAGCAGGCAGUAGCAACGCAAAACCUUCGGGAAAUUCUCCGGCCGUUCCGGUGAAAAUUUCACAGCUCGAAUCUGCCGUCGAGGAACAGAAACAGCUAAGGCUACAGGACGCUCGCCAGGUCGGAGCCAAAGCAGCCAAAAUCAAGGAGUGGGUCACGAACAAACUCCGAGAGCUCGAGGAGCAGAAUCAGCUACUGCGCGAGCAAAACAUCAAGUGCAAUCAACAGUUAGAGUUGUUAAGGAAUCACAUCGCCACCCAAAGCAGUAGACAUAGUAUACAGCAGCCAGUUAGAUCUAGUUUAAGUUUAGACGUACAGGAUUACAAACGGCGCAGCGGUCGUCGAAGGAGUGAAUCGCUCGAUCCGCCGGAACAUCGCUCCCUUUUAACAUCCGCAACCGUACAUCACCACCGGCGGAACCUCUCGAUGGAACCUCAGGAAUUAGCUAGAGACUUAGCGGCCGCUGUCGAUGGCCUUAACUUAUUACCCCUCAAUCCAGGACAGCAGCCGAGUCCCAACUCAGACGUAGAUGCCGCGCAUGAUUACGCUGAGAUCUACACGCCAUCGCGGGAAAAGGCCCCCAUAUGGCUGAAAGCUCUUCCAAGCGGAGGCUCCAGCACAACCACUUCCGAUUCGGUGGCUGACCUGGGGACUCCGCGGCCACCAACUCCUCCGCUUCACAGGUUUCCUAGCUGGGAGGCCAAAAUCUACCAGGUGGCCAAUGAUGGUUUGGCGGGGGAUGAGAACGAAUCUCAGGACCAAGAGUCUGGGUCCGGUAUGACGUCCAGCAUCGGGUUGAACUCACGCUCUCAGACUGUGUCCGGUGGAUAUUGUGAUAUUAGCGUACCGGUUUACGCCACCGUUAAAGGGCGUGCCUCCCAAAUCCGAUCGAUGCCAUUUACCGGCGAUUCCAGUGAUGACAGCAGUGACGGCGAGGAACACGGUGCCAUCAUGACUUGUGCGACGUCAACCCACAACUCGCACAACUCGACCAGUACAGACAAUACCGAAACGAGCACUUCGGGCAGUGCAUCUAGUCCUUCAAAAAGCCUGAAAACCUCUUCUAGUCUAAGCCCAGCCAAACGCAGCGGGUCCGAAAGUCCAAAGAACAAAACACGAGUAGUAAUUUCAGAAAUGUCCUUUGAAUCAGGGCUGUCCGACGAUUACGCGAUACCACCGGAUGCUGUGUCCGCGGUGGACACUACCUGCAUGGACGCCUCGAUGCCCUCACUUCUGAUGCGCACCUCUUACGCCGAUUCACCCAAAAAGAUGGAAACACUCGAGAAGGUUGGUCACCUGGCAAAGCUCGGUGGCAAACUGAAAACAUGGCGCAAGCGAUGGUUCGUGCUAAAGAACGGUCAGCUGACGUACUGGAAAAGUCAACAGGACGUGAACCGGAAGCCCCAGGGAACCAUUGCGUUGGACGAAGCGUGUCGAAUCAAUCGGGCCGAGGGUGCGUCCACGUUCGAAAUCGAUACCGGCAAGAAGGUGUACUACCUGACGGCCGACUCGCACGCCACGAUGGACGAUUGGAUCCGGGUUCUGCAGAACGUUCAGCGGAGAAACGCUACCAAAUUGCUGCUUAGCAGAGACGAUCAGAAGCCAACGGUGCAGGGGUGGGUUACCAAAGUGAAGAAUGGCCACGCGAAGAAGUGCUGGUGUGUGCUGCUGGGGAAAAUGUUCCUGUAUUUCAAGGCUCCCGGGGAGACGAAUCCCUUGGGGCAGAUAAAUAUGCGAGACGCUCGUGUAGAGGAAGUCGAGCAUGUAUCCGAUUCCGAUUCCGAAGAGCGUGAAGAUCCAGCCCAAAGCCAAGCGCGGCUCACGGUGGCCAUCUAUCCCCAACAGCAAGGAGUGGGUCCGACGUAUCUUAUACUCCCAGCGAAACAAGAGAGGGACAAUUGGUUGUACCAUUUGACGGUUGUUUCCGGGGGAGGACCAACGGCCGGUACCCAAUACGAACAGCUUAUCCAAAAGCUUAUGGAAACCGAUGGCGAUCCAAACUGCGUCUUGUGGCGACAUCCGAUUCUCCUGCAUACCAAGGAUAACAUAACCUCCCCUCUAACUUCUUUACAUUCCGAAACGCUGCAGGCGGAAGCCAUCAAACUGUUCAAGAGCUGCCAACUUUUCAUGUCGGUGGCGGUGAACCAGCCCGGUAUCGAUUACCACGUGGUGCUAGCCCAGAAUGCCCUCCAGCAGUGUCUAGACAUGACGGAGCUUCAGUCCGAACUGAUCUGUACACUCAUCAAGCAAACGUCCCGCCAUGUCGGACAGAAACUGGGUGUAGGUGUCCAGGUAAACAAGAAACUGGGCAUACCGGCUCGUCAAUUGCUGUUAUGUGCAACCCAGAGUUUGUUCACUUGCGAUACACAACAAGGCAAUGCAACUCAGACGAAUGGGAGCUCUCCAACUUCCAUUCAGGCACCGUCGGUUCCUCCGAUUGACUGCAAAUCGAAUCCACCAGCCUAUACCUUCAUCCAGGGUUGGCAACUGUUGGCACUCGCCGUAUCGCUGUUUGUGCCAAAAAAUAACCGCCUUCUGUGGUAUCUCAAGUUGUACCUACUGAGGAAUGCCGAUUCCAAAACGGAUUGUGGAAAAUACGCGGCCUACUGUGAGCGUGCGUUGGAGCGAACCAUGCAAAAUGGCGGUCGCGAGACGAAACCUUCCCGGAUGGAGGUGUUGUCUAUUCUGCUUAAAAAUCCGUACCACCAUUCAUUGCCACACGCGAUACCGGUGCACAUGAUGAAUGGCACCUAUCAGGUGGUGUCGUUCGACGGGUCAUCGACGAUCGAGGAGUUCCAUACAGCACUGGCACAGGAGAUUGGUUGCCGGGACGGCUCGAACGGGUUCACCCUGUUCAGCGACGAUCCGAUCGAAAAGGAUCUGGAGCACUACUUGGACCCGCAGGCGAAAUUGUGCGACGUGAUUUCCAAGUGGGAAACGGCUUUACGAGAGAAAGGAUCCGGCAAAUUCGAAAACUCCCGCGUCAUCCAACUAACAUACAAGAACCGACUCUACUGGAAGCACGCUGCCAAAUUGGAAACCGAAAAGGAACGUCUUCUUUUCUGUUAUCAAAUAAACCAACAAGUGGUGCAGGGUCGUUUCCCACUCUCCCGAGAUCUGGCUUUGGAGCUAUCCUCCCUGAUGGCCCAGAUCGACAUGGGCGAUUAUGCAGCGGAUAAGUCCAAGACCACCUCGCUGCAAGCUUUGGACAAAUUCUACCCAUACCGUUACCGGGACGCUUUGACACCAAACGGCCUAAAGGAACUACAGGAGCUGCUCGCGGGCAAGUGGUCCCUUCUGAAGGGUCGAUCGAUCGUCGAUUGCGUCCGAAUCUACCUAACCUGCGCUCGAAAGUGGCCCUUCUUUGGGGCAGCUCUGUUUCAAGCAAAACCUCGUCAUUCCGACCAAGCGAUGGCAUGGCUGGCCGUUUCCGAAGACGCGCUCAGUGUCUUAGAACUUUCCUCGAUGGGAUCGAUCGCCCGAUAUCCCUACAGUUCAGUCAUGACUUUCGGGGGCUGUCAGGACGAUUUCAUGUUGGUGGUUAGCGCCGAAGACACGCUAGCAGGAAGUCCCGAACAAAAGUUACUGUUCGCUAUGAGCAAACCGAAGAUUCUCGAAAUCACUCUGCUCAUUGCGGACUAUAUGAAUGCACUGGGCCAUACACUGCCCGGAACUCCCCAAAUGAACACCCUCACCCGGAAUGGAAGCCAUCGAAGUAUUAGGUCCCGAGCCCUGCCGGGUUCAUGCACGGGAACGCCUGCGCAUAACACGCUCAACUCAUCGCACGCCAACACAACGCACGCUCACAACACGCUAACGUCCCAUUCGCAUACGCUCAAUUCGCACGUUAGCCACACGCUCAGCUCGCACGGCCAGCCGGACAUCCUCAAGAGCACUCCGGACCAUCAGCGACGCUAAAUCACCACCGCCGCGCCGAGUGUCUCCCGAUAGACGACAGCAUUCGACAACAACGGAGGUUAAACGCACAACAACUAGACAUCACUAUCAUUACAAUUACGAGUGUUGAAAUUUUUGUUGUUUUGUGUAAUUCUUGGGAGUCUAUUAUGAUAUUAUUUCCGGAAUGCUGGAUUUUUAGCAAUUACGUUUAGACCGCGAAAGUGAUUUGGGAAACUACUUCCGCCUCACUCACUAGCAUUAGCCGUUAUGAUAUUAAGUUAACAAAAGCUAACCAAACUGAUUUUAAAUUGAUUUCUAAGACGUUCUCUGUAAAUAGUACCUAUUCUUCAUUCUAACCCUCCCCCAAUAGUCGUGUGGAUACGUCAAAACGCUAAGUCAAAAACUUUGUACUCAAGUGUAAAAAUUACUGAUAGUUUCUAACGAGUGCUAAUCAUCAUUUGUUUGUAGUUUCCUGGUUUAUUUCGUAACAGGAAGCAUCUAACCAAAACUAAAACAAACCAACAAACGUGUAAAUAUGAAAAGAAAAACAAACGGAUUAUAACACAUACUUCUUCCUGAAAGAGAGAGAGAGAGAGAGAGAGAGAGAGAGAGAGAGAGAGAAAGGCACAAUUAAGUGAGGAAAUGAGAUGGAUGCAUGAUAAGCUCCAUACGCCAGGAACAAGCAAAGAAAGCAAAAAUAAGACGAGCAACUAUUGUGAUUUUUAUGACAAAAACACGUCUAAACGCAAGGGAAUACAGGCAGUUAAAAAUUACGUGAUUGAAUGCGAGAAAAAAACUAAGUCCAUGCAAUGAAAUUACGCAGAAACUGUGAACGAACCAGUGAAGUGGUGAGAAAAUAACAUAUAAGAAACAACUUGAGCUAAAACGAAAUACAUUUAAACAAUGACGAAAACAUAUAUACUGAUUUAGGCGCUACUAUAAAUAGAAAAUGAUAGGGUCUGCAUAAUUUCCAAGCAAAAAAAAAACAGACAAAUACUGGAGAGGAGAAUGUAUUCAACCAAUCGUUUUAUUUUUGUUCUCUGAAACCUCUAUGUAAUCGAAAUAGAAGCAACUAGAAUCGCAUCUCUAGAUGAAAGUGAAUCGGUGUAUUCUUGGCUUGUAUAAUAGCCUCUCUUGUAGUUGUGUUGACCGCAAAUGGAAGGUAACUAAAAAAAAACACAAAUAUUGGACAGUGUUGUAACCAGGGUGAGGAAACGAGAAUCAAACCAGAAUGAGAUGGAAAAUAAAAUCA